GCCAAUUGUUGUUAAGAAGUAUUCGAUUUGACGAUUCUGUGAGCGGAAACAUUUCGCUGAGCUGAUGGGAAUUCAACAAAUAAACAAUCGCGAAAUACGUGGAAAUAAAAAUUAUCAAAAAUUCGAGAAACAGUUGCAAAGAAAAUAAGCAUUUCCGUGAAUUGCACUCUAAGAAAAAAAUGACGCCAAUAAAAACCAAUAGGCUACAUCGCAUCACUCGGCUACUGCUUACUUGCCUUGCUCUUUGCCGAUUCAGCGCAGCUCAAAUUUAUGAAGAGAACGAGCCGUGUGAUUUUGGUACCUACAAAGGAACUUGCUUGACAGAAAGUAAAUGCCCAGAGUUGCCGGGUUAUAUGAAAGAAAGCGGCUUGAAAGCGGAUGAUGUGGGCCAUUGCGGUUUUACAACUACAGAGGAGAUCAUAUGUUGUCCUGUUAGGCCAGCACCUGCGCCAGCCGCGGAGCAACUGCCUGAUGCAAUUAUAGAUCUUUUAAAACCAGAAGAUGAGACUACUACGAGUUCUGUACAAACGACCUCAGCAGACUAUUGGUUUGGAAAAAAUUUCCAGGACAUCAAGAAAAAUAAAAGUUCCCGAAGCAAUAAUGGAAAUUCUGCAGCAAAUGAUGAUGAAACUCAACGAUUAAAUGCGAUAUUCAAAACAAAUCCUCUUCAGGGUGGACUUGACGGAAAAUUUCUUUCUGAUGAACAUGUAAAUGCAAGACUAGAUGGGAUAUUCAAUACAAAUCCUAUUCAGAGCGGGAUCCCUGUGCAGGAUAAUUCUCAAAGGUUCGACAAGAUAUUUAAUGCAAAUCCUGUGUUCAAGGGAAAUCCUCUUCAGGGUGGACUUGACACAAACCCUCUUCCAAAUGAAAGUAAAGAUGCAAGACUAAAUGCGAUAUUCGAUACAAAUCCUAUUCAGAGCGGGAUCCCUGUGCAGGAUAAUUCUCAAAGGUUCGACAAGAUAUUUAAUGCAAAUCCUGUCAUCAAGGGAAAUCCUCUUCAGGGUGGACUUGACACAAACCCUCUUCCAAAUGAAAGUAAAGAUGCAAGACUAAAUGCGAUAUUCGAUACAAAUCCUAUUCAGAGCGGGAUCCCUGUGCAGGAUAAUUCUCAAAGGUUCGACAAGAUAUUUAAUGCAAAUCCUGUGUUCAAGGGAAAUCCUCUUCAGGGUGGACUUGACACAAACCCUCUUCCAAAUGAAAGUAAAGAUGCAAGACUAAAUGGGAUAUUCAAUACAAAUCCUAUUCAGAGCGGGAUCCCUGUGCAGGAUAAUUCUCAAAGGUUCGACAAGAUAUUUAAUGCAAAUCCUGUGUUCAAGGGAAAUCCUCUUCAGGGUGGACUUGACACAAACCCUCUUCCAAAUGAAAGUAAAGAUGCAAGACUAGAUGGGAUAUUCAAUACAAAUCCUAUUCAGAGCGGGAUCCCUGUGCAGGAUAAUUCUCAAAGGUUCGACAAGAUAUUUAAUGCAAAUCCUGUGUUCAAGGGAAAUCCUCUUCAGGGUGGACUUGACACAAACCCUCUUCCAAAUGAAAGUAAAGAUGCAAGACUAGAUGGGAUAUUCAAUACAAAUCCUAUUCAGAGCGGGAUCCCUGUGCAGGAUAAUUCUCAAAGGUUCGACAAGAUAUUUAAUGCAAAUCCUGUGUUCAAGGGAAAUCCUCUUCAGGGUGGACUUGACACAAACCCUCUUCCAAAUGAAAGUAAAGAUGCAAGACUAAAUGCGAUAUUCGAUACAAAUCCUAUUCAGAGCGGGAUCCCUGUGCAGGAUAAUUCUCAAAGGUUCGACAAGAUAUUUAAUGCAAAUCCUGUCAUCAAGGGAAAUCCUCUUCAGGGUGGACUUGACACAAACCCUCUUCCAAAUGAAAGUAAAGAUGCAAGACUAAAUGGGAUAUUCAAUACAAAUCCUAUUCAGAGCGAGAUCCCUGUGCAGGAUAAUUCUCAAAGGUUCGACAAGAUAUUUAAUGCAAAUCCUGUGUUCAAGGGAAAUCCUCUUCAGGGUGGACUUGACACAAACCCUCUUCCAAAUGAAAGUAAAGAUGCAAGACUAAAUGGGAUAUUCAAUACAAAUCCUAUUCAGAGCGGGAUCCCUGUGCAGGAUAAUUCUCAAAGGUUCGACAAGAUAUUUAAUGCAAAUCCUGUGUUCAAGGGAAAUCCUCUUCAGGGUGGACUUGACACAAACCCUCUUCCAAAUGAAAGUAAAGAUGCAAGACUAAAUGGGAUAUUCAAUACAAAUCCUAUUCAGAGCGGGAUCCCUGUGCAGGAUAAUUCUCAAAGGUUCGACAAGAUAUUUAAUGCAAAUCCUGUGUUCAAUGGACAUCCUCUUCAGGGUGGACUUGACGGAAACUUUCUUUCUGAUGAACGUGUAAAUGCAAGACUAAAUGCGAUUUUCAAUACAAAUCCUAUUCAGAACGGGAUCCCUGUGCAGGAUAAUACUCAAAGGUUUGACAAGAUAUUUAACGGAAAUCCUCUCCCAAUUGGAAAUAUAAUAAGUGAAAGUAAGUCGGAGCCGCAGACUGGAAACGCGAUUGGGGAUGGAGCUCAAAGAAUAAAUUAUAUAUUUAAAGUGAACUCUAUACCAAAUGGAAAUCCGACAGUGGAAAAUAUUCCAAGGGCUAACGGAAAUUUUCUUCCGGAUGAAAGUGCAAAUGCAAGAAUAAAUGAGAUAUACAACAGAAAUCCGGUUUUAAAUGGAAGCCCAGAUAUCGAAAACAUGCCGAUUAGAAACCCGCAAAGUGAUGAUAUUACAAAAGACAUUAUCAAACAAGCAUAUAGAGACAACGAUUUCCUAUUUGAAAGCCAUAGCAAUAACCCAUUUCGUAAUUAUCUGAAGCAAUCAAGGCGAAAGUCUUUCAGAAAGUGAUAUAAUAAUUAAUACACUCGUACCAUUAAUACUUAUAGUUUUGUGAAUGGCAACCUCCUUGGCUUCGGACUUGAGUUGAAAGCCAAGAAAGGUGCCUGCUCAGCCAAAUAGGCCGAAUGUUAUUUUAAAUAAAUAUAUAAAUACCAUAUAAAGCCAUUAA